UCUGACAAAAUAAUAAAAACAUCAAAUACAAUCAUUUGAAUUGUCAGAAAAUGGGAAGCCAACAUUUGAUCCAAAACAGGAAUCACCCAUAUGCUACACCUCAGAAUCAAGUCAUGUAGUUAAGCGGAUAACUUGGCAGUUGUAGUCUAAUUAGUCGACAAAUGAUGACGUCCUCACGUUUUGAUUGACAGGCGUAACAGGUGUGCUAACAUGGACCAUAUUAACCUCCUUUCUGGCAGUGUGUUGCUAGCUCCCCUCUAAUGUUUGGUGUUCAUGCAAAUAGCCUAAAAAUAUAUCAGCUGUAAGGAAACCGAAUCGAUUUCAUGACAAGCUUUCUUGUUGCAGUGUAGUAAUGCAGUAUGUGCUGCUGCUCCAGGUGUGCCUCUUGGGACUUGGCCUGUCUAUGGCCAGUCCUGGUAGGACGUUUCUGUUUAUGUUUCCCCCUCAUAAUGACUCAACAGCAAAUGUUGAACAUACAAUAACUAUCACAGCCCCUGAUGUUUGGACUGCAGUUACUGUGAAGGUUCUGGAAAGCAGCUACGUCCAACACAUCUACCUCUCUGCUAGCCAGUCAAAGACGAUUCACCUGCCAUUAUCUGUGGGAAUGACCAGUGAUCGCUCGUCCAACCUUCUCAGUGUGAGAUCUAUGUGGCCUGUUACAGUCCUCGCCUCAUUCUGUACCCAGACUGAUUGUGAUCACAGUCUCCUUCAUGAUGUUUCUUCCUGGGGUACCCACUACUACCCCAUUACUCCUAACUUCCCUAACCAGACUGCUGUCAGCCAGAUGGUGAUCACCAGCUCAGACCAGGGGACAUCAGUGGAUAUCUUCCAUUCAGGGGAAGUGCUCUUUGAAGGCAAUAUGUACCCCAGGGGUAGUGUCCUUAAGUUGUAUAUAGGUGGGCUGCAGAGUGCUUACAUCCAGAGCAACUUCAGCCUGUCUGGCUCAGAGUUAAUCUCCAAAGAAGCUGUAGGUGUAGUGGUUGGUUUUACCUGCUCCGAACACACACUUAGGGAUUGCUUGUAUGGAUUUGCUGAACUGAAACCAGUCAAACACUGGGGUUUUGAAUAUGUUAUCCCUCCCUUGGUAAACACUGACAUGAGUUACAGUUUCCUGUUGGCAAUGGCUACUAUUAACUCUGACCUGGACGUCACAACCAGCACCAUGCAAAAGAAUGUGUCUCUCGUUGGUGGGAUUAUGAAGGCCAUUCCAGUUGUGACCUUGGAUAAAAUUUGCGUUACUAGUGAUGGUCCUCUUCAACUUGUUUACUUCAGACGUGGCAAUGCACGGGGUCCUUCAACUCUAACAGUACUGCCAUCUGUUGAUGAUAUCUGCCAGACUGUACCUAUGUUUGAUUCAGGUGAUAUGAGCAUGGAGCACGAUAACAGUACUCGCACAGGAGAUUUAGAGGCUGGUGUUAGCUUCUCCCAGAAGCUCAACAUAGCUCAGCUGCCUGACAAUAAAAAGACACAUUAUCUUACCACUGACACAGAUAUGGGACACUAUCUGAGUACCAUAAACACACAACUAUAUCCAGCACUGUGUGAGAGAGGUUCAGCUUCUUGUGAAGAGUUGCACUUUGGACACAAGCGGAAAUACUUUAUUAACAAUGGAAAACCACUCAGUUCAUUGAAAACUAAACUAUAUUCUGCACGGGGUGACUCUUAUUUCCGCUCAUUUGAUGGAAGAGACUUUGUCCUACAUGGAAACUGUAACUAUACUUUAGUUCAGACGACCUGUCUAGGCUUAAAUGCUUCUGUUUCACUACAAAUUAGUAUAGAGCAAGCACAUUUGAACAGUGCUACUGCCUCCACAAUCCACACAGUGCAGAUAAGCAUCCAGGGCUUUAAUAUCUCCAUUGUUAGAGAUGACACAAAUCACGUUAGGGUGAGUAUACUAAAUUUACUUAUGUGAAACAUACUUUUUGUAACUGUUAAUUUACAUGUUCUUUUUUGUUUUUAAACCUGUAGAUUAAUGGACAGAAAAUGAACUUGCCCCUCCCCUUGGGAAAUGGUUCCCUGAACUUGUAUCCAAGCGGCUCGAGCGUUGUCCUAGAUACUGCGUUUGGCCUGGCUCUGCAAUAUGACUGGAAGCACCAUCUCCAGGUUGAAAUUGACCCACAGCUGUAUGGAGUCCUGUGUGGUUUAUGUGGCAAUGCUAAUCACAGCUCCACAGAUGGUGUUAUUGCCUCUAAUGGCACUGAUUAGGCCCAGACUAAAGAUGUUACUCUCCAAUGGGUGGUGAACAGUGACGCAGGCUCCUGUAUUGAAGAAUGCAGUGGAGGUGU